AUUACAGGUGUGAGUCACUAGCGCCCAGCUUAAGAAAUAACUUUUAAAAUAACAUUUGCCCAUAAUUUUAAAUUGUUCAAAGUUUUGUCUUCUCUCAAAGAUAAUUUUGCACUACAGUCUUUUAAGACUCACAAUAUUGAUACAUGCAUUUCUAUAUGGUGCCCACGUGUUUUCUUUCCAUUCACAUGAGAAGCAGAAGUGUUUGAAAUAUAUACAUCUCAGUUUACUAGCUUGAGCUCUAGGAGCAAGAUCCAAAGCUGUAGACUGAGUUCCUGGGGUCACUUCUGUAGUUCUCAGGUGUGUGGUGGAGAGUGUGUGCAUGUGGACUGCAUAGAGCUGAAACAGGCCCUCUUGGUACCCCGAUGCCCUUGGACAGUAGACUUCCCCUGGGCUAUGCACCAUCACCUCACCUUUGGGCCAUGGGUUUGGGAAAAAAGGAUAGUGAGGGUGAUGCUUAGUGUCUUUCUCUCUUCUCUCUCUGGCAGUACUGGGAUGAUGCUUAGUUUCUUUAGAGUAAUUUCCAAUCUUUCAAGUUUUGUAGUACCUUCUAGGUCUUUAUUGAAGUAUAUUAUACAUACAGAAAGUACACGUGUUAAUGUGUUCCAUUUGAUGCAUUUUCCAAACUGAACACACCUACUGCCAACACCCAGGUUAACAAAUCUUGGGUACCCUGCCAACCCCGUAUUCCUUACAGUAACUGUCCCCAGUAUGACUUCUAAACAUAGGUUAGUUUUGCCUGCUCUAUUCUUACUUUUUAUCAGUGCCAUAUGUAUUUGAUACUAUAACUACUAAUGUUCUUUUGUGGGACUAUAUCACAACUCAUUUAUUUAUCAGUUUUACCGUUGAUGGACAUUUGCAUGUUUUUGGCUCCCAUGAGUAUAGUAGUGCUACUGUGAUUAUUCUAGAAUGUCUUUUGGUGAGGAGGUGUUCACAUUUCUACAAAGGGGUGUCCUUGUAUAGUCCUGGAAUAGGAUUGAAAGCUGUCAGGCAGUACAGUUUCCAAAGUGCUUACACCAGUUUGCCUGCCCUCUGCCAGCAGCUCUCAAUUCCUGCAGCUCUGCAUCCUGCUCGAACUUGGCGCUUUCCAUCAUGUUGGCUGGUGUGUAGUAGGUUCUACUUGUGCUGUUUUCUUGAUUCUGUAUGCUACUGACCACCGAUCCUCCAUUAGGCAUUUACUUUCUUGUGUGAAGCUUCCUCUUCCAUGACCCAGUAUGAUACCUGACACACAUCACUCAAACAGUGUGUUCAGGAGGGGAGGCCAGCAAGUGUUAGCCAGAGGUGGGUGUUCGUUGAGGGAGCUGUAAUGGACAGCUGUCAGGGAGUGUUUAAGUAGAGGCCUGGUCUGCAUUGGAGAAGCUGCAGGCUAAGCGAACUGACCACGUCUCAUGAGACAUACGCCUUGCUGGAUGACACUUCUGGAGGAAAGCAGCUGUGGCUUGGUGUGCAUUGGGUCUGCAAAGGACUCUCCAUACAUGCCAGUUUCCCAGACCCUGCUGUCGCCCAUGCAGACCUGUGGAUUAAUGUGUCUCUUCACACUUCCUGUUGUAGGGUGCUUUGCCUGUGGGAUGGAGAAUGGAUUUCGAGUCUACAACACCGACCCACUCAAGGAAAAAGAGAAACAAGAAUUUUUAGAAGGAGGAGUUGGCCACGUGGAGAUGUUAUUUCGAUGCAACUAUUUAGCUUUAGUUGGUGGUGGAAAAAAGCCAAAAUACCCUCCCAACAAAGUGAUGAUCUGGGAUGACCUGAAGAAGAAGACAGUCAUUGAGAUAGAGUUCUCCACAGAGGUCAAGGCAGUCAAACUGCGGCGAGAUAGAAUUGUGGUAGUUUUGGACUCCAUGAUUAAGGUGUUCACGUUCACACACAAUCCCCAUCAGCUGCACGUCUUUGAGACCUGCUAUAACCCUAAAGGCCUCUGCGUCCUGUGUCCCAACAGUAAUAACUCCCUGCUGGCCUUCCCAGGCACCCACACGGGUCACGUGCAGCUCGUGGACCUGGCCAGCACUGAGAAGCCACCUGUGGACAUUCCCGCACAUGAGGGCGUCCUGAGCUGCAUCACUCUCAACCUGCAGGGAACAAGAAUUGCAACUGCAUCUGAAAAAGGGACCCUUAUAAGAAUAUUUGAUACUUCAUCAGGGCAUUUGAUCCAGGAGCUACGCAGAGGAUCUCAAGCAGCUAAUAUCUAUUGCAUCAACUUUAAUCAGGACGCCUCCCUCAUCUGUGUGUCCAGUGACCACGGCACUGUGCACAUCUUUGCAGCCGAAGAUCCAAAAAGGAAUAAACAGUCUAGUUUGGCAUCAGCCAGUUUCCUUCCCAAAUACUUCAGCUCCAAAUGGAGUUUCUCCAAGUUUCAGGUCCCCUCAGGCUCUCCGUGCAUUUGUGCCUUUGGAACAGAGCCCAAUGCAGUCAUUGCAAUCUGUGCCGAUGGCAGCUACUACAAGUUCCUGUUCAGCCCCAAGGGCGAGUGCGCCCGGGAUGUGUGUGCGCAGUUCCUGGAGAUGACUGACGACAAGCUGUGACUCCACCCAUGAGCAUGGCCAGUGCCACCAUCCAGUGCCCCACAGACUCCUGGGGCUGGUGCCAGCGCCCCAGGCCUGUGGGUGAGGGGCUCGAGGGACCGCCUGGGACCUUGGUCUUGAAGCCAUACAUGGUUGUCUGCCUUCCUGAGCAAGGCCUCCCAAUCCUGUAUUAAAGAGAACCAUCAUCAAGGCUCCACAGACACUCGGUGGCUCUGGGCAGCUUGUGCCCCUGCCAGCCACUACCCUUUAGUUCAGCUGUGACGUUAACGUGACAGGCUCCAUGCAGACAUGGGGACAGGCCGAGAGCAACACUGACAGACGGAAGCUUGUUUUUGCAGUAGAUUCCCUCACUUCUCGAGAGUCUGCAGUGGGGAGAGGAGCAAGUCUGAGGUGUCAGUGGUCACAUCACAGGCUGCCUGUGGCAGAGACACAGCUGGCCCUCUGUGAGCCAGCACAGUCUCUGUACCAGCGUGGGUGUCCUGACUCCGCUGGAGCCUUUAGGAUGAGGAACACACCAGACCCAAGGGUACACAGGAUGCCUGGGCAAUAUCUGGAACCCUAGUUCUCAGGCUGGUGGCCUGGGUCUCCUGGUUGGUUUGGGUUAAAACGGAGGGAACAAAGUAACAACGUAGGCAUAUGGAUUAGUCACAAAAAGAAAAAGCAGCAGUUAUUUUGGGACCUUCCCAGUGCAGUGCCCAGUGUGUCCUGUGGUGACCCGUCAUGCUAGUGUCCCUCACCCCGCCUCUCGGCAUUCAGAGGAAUUCCACGCUAAGGAAAGACGUGCGUGGUACUAACACAGGCUACAGGCCCUGUGCAAGUGCCAGAGGUUUGUUUCAUUUAAGUCCCUUUCAAGGCCCACCGUUCUAUGGUUUUGGUUUCAGGUUCCAAAUGUUUAAAUUCUGCACAGCGCAUGUCCUCAGUUCUCCCAGUUACUUUGCGUCCUGUAAUCAGCUAACGUCAUAUGUGGACUUGAUGUCAAGUAUGCAUGUUACCUUUGUGUAUUUAAUCAUGAAACUUAAUUUUGCACACUUAUUUGUACUGUUUCUUUUAAAUAAAAGUGACUAAUUUUGUUGUACUCGGUACUUGUAAAGCACAGAGCAGUGCAUGGGGAAGCAAGUGUCCUGGCCCUGUGUACCUGGCUGGGCUGUGGGUCCAGGACCUGUUCCCUGUGCCUCGUGUGCUCCUUGUUAGCCCAGCCUCAGAAGAGAAGAGAACCUGCAGAUUUGGGGGGUUGGGGCCUGUCGGAGAGUGGGGAUGCAAACAGCAGUGUUCACUCAGUUCUGCUGCACUGCCCUCCCUUGCUUCAGGGGUGUCAAGUGUGCUGCCCUUCAGAAGCCGCUGCCCAGUGAGCCAUUGGCUGCCUGUUUUUGAUUUGUCUGAUGAUGCUUUUGAACUGUUGCUUUGAGCGGGUGGGUGUCAGGGUCCUUCGUUUAUGCAAUGUCCAGUUCACUAUUUUCCUGAACGCAGUCUAAUGUAUUAGACGUUAGUAUAUUGUGUUAGGAGAACACAUAAGGAAAAGAGGGCCUGCUCCAGCCGUGGAUAAAGGCUUCAGAACUGAUGGGAGCAGGCUUGUUGACAGGGACUCGGAGCAAGCCAUGCUGGGGACAUGGCUUCUGGUUGGCUGGCCAGAGCUGGCCAGAGUUGGGCUAGGUCUCUUUGGGUGGCCUUCCUGGUCACCUUGGCCCACGUCAUCCCAUGGGUCUGAAGUUGGUUCAGCUUUGGCCUCCGUGCAAGGGUAGGUCUGUUCUUGAGCACCUUCCAGGUUGUUACCUCCCUUCUUAGGUGCACAGGCUGACCAGACAGCAGGGCGAGGGCCUAGGAGGAAGUAAGUGCCUGGCACUACCUGCUACCCGAGGUAUUUGCUUGUCUCUAGGAGCAGCACUGGACUGGGGUUCAGAAGCAGACACACUUCUCAGACGCUGUAUCUCCCUGCUGGGCUGACCAAGGGCAAAGGGCAGACAUAAAGGUCCUUUCUGGUGUUUGAGAAGCUCCUCCUUGGUGGGUGGUUUUCCCAGUGUGGCCUUGGAUGGUAGGUACCACUGGGCUGUCCAGACACGAGUGCAGGCCGCAGUGUUUCUCUGGCCCCAGGGUUCCAGCGCCCAGCCUCAGUGUUAGCUUCUCUCUAGCCCUGGCUGUUGUGUCCUCAGCCUGGGUUCAUCCCUUCUCAGAAACCCCAGGCUCACCUGGCUAUGGGAUAGGGCUCAUGGGGCACCUACCCGAGGCUUGAUGGUGGCCCUGGGUGAGUCCUGGCCGUUCUUCCCCCCCAGCUGCUUUGGCCAGCCUUACUGGCUUUCAGCAGUCUUGUUGACCAAAGGUCUUUAGAUCUCCUUUCUGCAGCCAAACCACGCUUUUGGGUGCAGCACGGUAUCCUGGCCCGUUCCUCACCUCUUUCAGUUCUUGACGUCAGAAGCUUUUGGUUGACUCGCACGUUUUGAGACUUGGGUUGUGCAUAAAUCUUUGUCUUCAAAAUGGGCUGGAAAGUGUUGUUUAUAAUCAGAAAACAGCAUGUAUUCUUUUUGUAAACUAAAGAAGACAGGGAAAAAUACAAAGUUGUAGCAGAACUGCCCUGUUCUGCAGCCACAUUCAGAGGUAACCCACACCUUUUGUUGUACUUAACAUCUCAAAUACCCUGAGAUGUCCUGCUUCUUAAUGUGGGUUUGUUUUGUGAUGAUGGUACUGGGGUUUGAACUCAGGGCCUCUUGCUUUUUAGGCAAUUCCAUCAGCCCUGUUUUUUGUGUUGGGGUUUUUCAA